CCGUCAUAUGUCAAAUGUCUAAUUGUCUAAAUAUUCGGCGUUCCGUUCCGUUCGGUCUCGAUGUGAUGUGAUAUGUCGUUGGAAUAGUGUAGUUUUAGUGGUGCCAAAAUGGCAGAAAAUACACGAGAAAGCUACGAUCAAUCCAGAAACAUUGAUGGCCACCCUCUACAUUUUUCUAGUCUUAGUAUAGAACAUGAUGCUGAUAAGGAGGCAAGACUGCGGACAUUCAAGGAGCGGCAAAAUGAAGAGCGGCAAAAGAAACUGGAAGAAAUAAAAGCACAAGCCCUCGCAGCACAAAGGUUCAAAGAACAGAAAGAGCAAGAGAGGCGAAGGAGGUUAGAUGAAAUGAGAAUCAAAGACGACUCUCGAAGGCACCAAGUCGAGGAACGAAAGCGAGCUAUAAAUGAUGCUGAACGGGAUAGAUUAGAAUCUAUUAUUCGCAGGAAUCAGGAAAGAGAAGCUAGGAUUGAAACGAGAAAAAGACAUGAACGUAGUAACAUUGUUUUUGCCUUUGGCUCUUCAACACCUCGCAUGCUGGACAAUACUGACGCCUCCUUGUCGUAUUGGGGACAGAGAAGGGCCACAUCCAUUCAGAAUAUAACUUCAACUGCCACUCCAAGCAAUUUAACUCGGAGACAAAGUGAAAGAGAUUUGGAUGCGGCCAGUAAGAAAAGGGCCACCUCUGCGGGUGGUUCGGAUCGCCCUGAGAGUCUGACAAGUCCCACGAUUCCAGCCGGGUGCGCAAGUGGGUAUCUGGGCAGGCGCAGAACCGACUUAGUACCAACAAUACCAUCCAGGGACUCCUCUUUCCAUUCGUCAGCAUCACGCAAAUCGCUCAAUCACUCCCCAGGUAGGGCAUAUUCAAUGUCUCGCUUAGACCAGCUAGCUAAGCCAAGGAAACCGUUGUUGCCAGCUUUAAAUGAAUCAAAUAUGUCUCCCAAAAGCUCAAUGACUCGCAGCAUGGGUCACCUAGCUCAUGUGGGUAGCGCUAAACUGAGUCCGAGAAAACCUCUGAACAAAAUUGACAGUCGCAGUAUGCAUCAUCUGAGUCCAGAUGGACCUGUAGCUCCUCCAAGGGUGAAUAGGGCCACUCAGCUACGCAAAGAGAGGCUGCUGGCUCAGCAGUCUGGCAGUACCAGCGAGGCUUCAUCUAGACCAAGUAGCUCAAUGAGCCAGCAGAGCACAAACAGCGUCACUAGUUCUGUGAACGUACGGCAUCGCAUCUCCAAUGCCCCACGCAGACCUCGCCCUGCUAGCAUCGCAGUUACUGGGGUUACAAACGAAAUUAGGAACAGUUUUGACAGAGAACACAAACCACCUCUACCCAAAACCCGCAAACCUUUGUCCAAAACGAACACAUCUGAGAAAAUCGAAAAGGCUAAGCGGCCUCUUAAAUCGCCAGCAGAAGAAACAGCUCCCAAGAUUGUUGGUGAAGAUAAGAAAGUCAGAAAGGAGAUAAAGGAGAAGAAAGAGAUUGAAGAAGUAAUUAAGCUUCCUAUUGAAAAUGGCCACAAGGAACCAGAAAAAGAGGUGGAACCUGUAGAACCUGUUCAGGCUAAGGAACCUACACCCCAACUUCUUGUAGAUCUUAAGGAAGAACCAGUACAUGAUGUUCAGGAAGAAGCUCACAAGCCUCAUAUACCUAAACUAGAUGAGACUCAACCACAGCAAAACGAAGCUACUAAGAGUGAAGGAAAUCUCAUACAGAACUUCAUUAAUAAUGAAAGGAAUUUAUCUGCAGAUGCAUCUCACGAGUCAAGUGAGAGCGUGGCGCAUUCUCAAACAACCACAACAAUAAUGACUACAUCUGUAACAGAAACUAAAGAACUUAAGCCAGAAAAUGGCGAAUCUAAUGAAAUGACCUCAUCAAUGUCCAAACCAAGGAUCAACACAGAAGAAGAAGCUAAAGCUGCUUUAGCGGAAAGAAGAAGGCUUAUGAGGGAAGAAACUGAGAGGCAAGCUGAGUUGGAGAGGCAGAGAAUUGAGGCUGAACAGAAGGCAGAGUUUGAGAAGCAGCAAAAGGAAGAGGAACAAGCCAGACUUCUUGCGGAAAUGCAAAGGAAGGCUGAACAGGAAAGAUUGCAAGAAGCCAUAAAAGAAGUGCAAAAACGUGAAGAAGAAGAUCGUCUACGAAAAGAAGAGGAGUUGAGACAGAAAGUGUUGAAGGAAGAGGCUGAUAAAAAGGCCAAGGAAGAGGCUGAGAGACAGAAGGCUGAACUGCAGAAAAAACUGGAAAACGAAGAGAAAGAACGAGAGGAGCGCAGAAAGAGGGUUGAAAUGAUCAUGUCUAGAACUAGAGGAAAGGCGAAUGCGAAUCUAGCAUCACAACAAAAUUCGCAAGAUAGGAACGAAAAUACUUCUGAUAGUAAACAACAAGUAAACGAUAUAGAGUUUAACGAAGACAACCAAGUGAAUGAAAAUAAAUUAAAUGGCACGAAAAAAGAAAAUGGAACUAAUGAUAGUUCCGCGACCCAAAACGGCAAAGGUGUAGAUUCAGGAAUUGACAAUAUAAUUCCAGACCAGAGUGUAAAUGCCAACACAGUAGCCGACACGAUAAAUACGGACUCAUUAAAUUCAAACAGUGCUUGGCAGACUUCGAGUCAGCAGUAUGGUAACCUAAUAUGCAAUAAUAAUAGUUAAAAAUUCAUUGGGAAUGUUUUUCAGAUACUUUGACGUAAGCUGAGCGUUGGAGUAUAUGCAACGUGUAAGAUUUAUUUUCUAGAUUUAGCCCUUGUUCUAACGUUUUAAAUAAUUUAUUUAUAUUUUUUAGUCUAAUACUUUGAAUGUCUUUCUUACUCGCCGAAUCAAGUAGUGUUUAAUUUCUAUUUUUGGUCUGAUUUUGUGUUUGCUUUGCUCUAAUUUAAUUUUGGAGAUUUUCUAUUGACCCAGUUUUGAUAUUUUGGAGUAGUUUGCGGUUUUACUUACUGAGAUUUAUUUACUUUUCCACUUAUCAUUUGAUGAUUUAUAAUCAACUUCAGGCCUUAUUAUACACUACCUGUCAAAAAAUAAUAAUAUUUUAACUGUAAAAAAGUCUCGAAACAUAUAGUAUGUAUAUUUAUUUAAGGUUUGUCUUUUUUUGGGAUACUAAUUUUUUAGACAACACAAUUAAGCCAUUAAUUGAAAAGUUGAUCUUCUAAAAAGCAAGAAAUGCCUGCCUUUUUUAACCUUCAUCUUCCUAUGACAAAAAAAAUUACGUAGAUUCCCAUGUGGGGUACAUUCGCACCCCAUGAUAAAAAUGAUACUUCUGAUAAUUAAACAUGUUUUUAUUUAUACUAAACAGUUAUAAUAGAUAAAAUCAACAUAUAACAAGAGUACAGUUAACGCAAAAAAAAAAAAAAAAAAGGAAAUGGUAUUUGCGACCAUUGCGUGCCAUCUUUCGAUUUAUAAAUCAGAUUUCCGCCUUCUACUUCCAGUAAACUUUCGUUCCCUUCCUGCUCCACAGAUAUUUCUUGACCAGCUUUAUAAUCAUGAUUUCUAAAUUUUGCAGGUUCUGCAAAAUUCCUGCAAGGUGACUACUUGAUAGAGUAGCCACAGAUUCCCAUGUGGAGUACGUAAUUGGGUACAUGUGCCCCACGCUAUGCAAAAAUUAUUAUUUCUAAAAAAUAAAUAAAUAGAAAAUGUUUGAUGAUCACCAAUUAUGUGCAAAGCCCUCACUGACACAAAAUAAAAUUAGUCAGAAAUGCACUUUUUGGGAAAAUAUGCUAGAAAAAUUGUUUCCUGGAGUACAUUUGUACCCCACCCGGGAAGACGAAGGUUAAUGAAAAUGAAAUCUAGAAUUUCAUUGAUAAAAAUUAUUGCACAUAUUAAAAUUAAAAAUAAUCCCAUCACAAAGAUUUCAAUUCAAUUUAUACAUUUGGAAAUGUCAAGAAUUUCUUUUGAAAUAUCCCAAGCACACUUUAAAUAAAUAAUAAUGUGGCCUAUAUUUUAACCCAAGCCCUUCUUUACCAAAGCCAUACCAUAGUUUAGUUCAUUCAAAUUCCUUGAGUUUCAAUUUCAGACGCCACCCUAUUGUAUUAAUAUUUGAUUUUUGUUAGUCAAUGAAAUGUAAAACUCAGAAUCAGAUUUCAACAAAGUCUAUAUAUCCUACUGAUAGUAUAUAUAUUACAUAAUGAGUGUUGUCAGAAGCAAACUGCUCACAAAACGACCACACUUGAUACAAAUUUUUCAAUUUGCUGAUGGUAACUGUUGGCUACUCUCUGUUCACGCUUGUUCAAGUGAACUGAGGUUGUGGCAACAUAACCCACAAAAAUUUGAGAUCAAGAUUUUGACAUCUCUGGGGCCAGUGUAGUUGCAGAGUUUACUUUUGUGUUAAAUUUCGUACAUUUUAGAAAACUUUGAUAGUACCGUAAUCCUUUCAACAUAUUCUGCGAUAAAAUUAAUUGUAUACAAAUACUGACGCUUUUCAUUAAAUUAACAACAAAAUGUGUUAUUACAAUUUCAAAUGAUUUUGUACAAUUUAUUCAAAAUGAAUGCACGAAAUUCAACGCUAACACAGAGCAUAACACAGAGCAAUGCUGAAGAAUGACGGCGGUUUCUUUUUAGUCUGUAGCCAUCAGGCGGGUAAAAUCAAAACCUUAUAGUUUAUGGUAUGAAAGUGUGAUAUUCACUCUUUACAGUAGUGGCCCUAGGUAAAAUAAUGAACUAUGGCCGGUUUCCGAACCACGAAAAUAAAUCAAACAAUAUUAAUAAAAUUAUCUCUUCUUAACUUCAUGUAACAGAUGUUUUAUGGUUCAGAAACCGAGCAUUAAUAAACGGCAACUUCAAGGUCAAAUUGUAUAACAACUAGGUAAGGUAGUCGGUAUGGAGGCACUUUAUGUUAUUAUGCAUAGCCUUGAUAAAGAAAGGGUUAGGUAAUUCAAAUUAUAAAUUUUUCCAAGGAAUAAUAAUUGCAAAGUUAAAAACCACUAUUUAACGUCGCCUUGAUUCUGAUAUUGUAGAACCAGAGUUCUAAAACUAGGAAGCAAACAGGGUCUGCAGCAUUCCUUAUUUUUAUGAAACAUUUUUAAACUCCACUUAAUUCAGUGAGUAGUGUCUCUUAGAUUAAUUUGUAAUUUUAUUUGUGUUAUGAUUUGAUUACGGAAACGGUUGUAUUUAUAUAUUCAAGUGAUAGAGUAAAUAUUUAUAUUAAAAUGGCAACUCGUUUCAUUUAUGUUAAAAAUUGGUUAGAUUCGACUGAGCGGAACAAGGUCCAUUUUGGUUGAAAAAAGGCUUUGGUAAAAUUCUAUUGUUUGGUCUUGAUGAGCAAAAAAAAUCACUUCUUGCAAAUAACAAACCCACAAGCUUUUUUUGACCAGAAUUUUCUCUUCCAAUUUUUUUUAAAUUUAACAACUCGGUCUAUACUAGUCAUCUUGUAAGUUAAAAUUGUUGUAUAUGUUAUCUAAUGUACUCUGUGCUGUCCUUAAUUGACGGUCUUGUAGCAAAUAUAUUUUUAUUAUAAUGAAGUUUGCAUUUUAUUAGAUAUGUAUUGUUUUUAUUUUUAAAUAAAAUUGCUAACAAUGCAUGUUGAUUUUACUGAAAGAAUAAUAAUUAAAGGGAAAUGGUAGUUUUUUCACCUUUUCUUUCUGUUUCGAUUUUCUAUAUCAAUAUCAGCAAUAAUCAUAUUCAAAGAAGAAAAUAAAAAAUCACUAUCCAAAAAUAGACAAAUUGAAGCAUGGAACAUUAUUACAGAUUCUGAAAAAAAUUGUGGAGUCCUUCGAACAGUUAGCCUGUUACAUAGUUUUUUUUAAAAUAGUUUUAGAGAAAAGUUAAUGCUGACUGUGAAAGAGGAAAUAUUAAAAGUUGUUAAUCUAAAAGUAUGUAUUUUCGUUUUUUCUGUAACUUGUCAUUAAUAAUAUUAUAAUAUUUAAUAUUUGAAUUGAUUGAGCCGAUACUUGGUGAAAACUGAAAUCCAUGGUUAGGAAAAAGUGAAACUAAAUUUUACUUCCUAUAUUUUAUUAUAACAGUAACAUGUUUCACUACACUGUGGCUUCAUCAGUCUGACAAAGCUACAUGUUACUGUUACUGUUGUAAUGAAAUAUAGUAACAAUUAGUUUUACUUUUCCCUAACUUUAUUAUUUAAUAUUAAACAAAAAAUACCUUGAGGCAAUUAUAGGUUCAUAUCCUAAAAUGUAACCGUAAUAAAUAUUUGAAAUUUAAUGUCCUUUACAUUGCUUGUUAAAAAGUGCUUAAUAAAUGUAAAAUUUAUUUAUGACUUGUA